AUGCUGUCAUGGACCCUUCUUGAUUUCUUCAACACAGACUUCCAGCCUAUGCUUUUGAGCGUUGUCCUGAUCCUUUCGAUCAACCGGUACCGACACAGGGUCCGCCAGUCGACCCGCCGCCAAAAAGCUGGCUGGACCACCGCAACCCCGCUCUGCCACAGAAUGCUCCAUCAGCCCCUGCUGGUUUCGAUAAGCCUUCGUUACCGUCAACAGCAUUUUGUUCAGGAAUACCUGAACAAGUCCUCGCUUGAACUCGCGCGCGAUGGAACUCUGGCUCCUCGGCCAACCUCAUGCCAGCUACACGGAUCAGCAAGGGCCAGCCCGACAAUGGAGCUCCUUCCUCAUGGCCUGAAUACCCACAGACGACGACUGAGUUCAUCCGCCUCGUCACUGCAUCACAAGUCUCUUGAUUAUGGAUUGUGUCGAUUCUGCGACGGGAUAGCAGGCUGGCUGACCCACAGGGACUCGACAGCUGAACACUUGGGGAAGGCAGAGUCUCAUCACAUAUGCGACCUCAGAAUGGUCGACAGAGACCCCAACUGCCCCCUUUGUAGCUUCUUUUUCAACGUGGCCGUUGAUGCAGCUGAUCUAGCCGGCCUGCCGGGAGCAAUUCGCAAUGGGGUGUAUUCACUCCAUGCAUCGCUGUUCAGCGCAGUGUUCCUCGAUGAUGAGGACCGGCAUUGGUGCUCGGGUGAUGAUCCGAUCGUAUUUUUCAUCUCGCCGCUCUUCUCAUUCGGAACAAAAGCCAAAGACUGGGCGUUGCGGUUCAAUAGUUGCUUCAUGCCACUGGACUUGAAACCGGCUGGCACCUUUGCUCGACAUCUGUCACCUCAGGCAGAUCUUAAGGUGGUAAGACAGUGGAUUCAGCACUGCAAUAGGGAGCACACACACACCGACUGCAACACCAUAGCAGCUUUGUCAAUACCUGAAUUCACCGUGAUCGACUGCGAGACUCGCACACUGGUUCUGUGGCCCAUCGGCGCGCCAUACGUCACGCUGAGCUACGUCUGGGGAACAGACCCGGCGGAAGCUCCUGUAAAUGACGCCUUACCGAGAACACUUCCCAAGCUGAUCGAAGACGCCAUCGUGGUAACGCAAAGACUGGGCUACCAGUACCUCUGGAUCGACCGGUACUGUAUCCCCCAAGAUGACGAAACAGCUAAGGCCUAUUUGAUUCGGAACAUGGACGAAGUCUACUCGGAGUCAUCCCUCACGAUUAUCGCGUCCGCAGCCGAGCAACCAAGCCAGGGUCUUGCUGGGGUGGGUGUGAGCCGAGAUCGUAUGCCUUAUUCGUUGAAAUCAGGUGAAAUGGGUCUGACCCAGCUUUUCACCAAUCUCGCAGAUGAGGUCGAGGGAUCCCAUUGGAAUACGCGUGGCUGGACAUACCAAGAAGGGUUUGUAUCCAACAGAAGACUGGUAUUCACACAGAGCCAAUGCUACUUCCAAUGCGGCGAGCUGUGGUGCACGGAAGGCCUCAACGUGCCGUUGAGCACACUCUCAAGACUCAGUAGGCCGGGCCAUUCAAAGAUGUCCAGGGUUUUUCCUUGGGUGGCCGACAAGAAACCAGCAGUGGGCCUAAGCUCACAAAGCCGACAAAAGCAAAAAGAGGAGUAUUUCAUUGAGCGAGUACGUGAAUAUAUGAAGCGGGAACUAACCCAUGAUGCGGACGCUUUCGACGCCUUCGCAGGAGUGCUCAACUACCUCGAGGAAUUUGCCACGGAGUUCCUUCUAGGAAACAUCUGGGGACUUCCUUUGUGGAGUUCCGAAUCUCGCUGGUCUUCACGCGUAUCCGGCAAGCACACACUUCUGCGCAGCUUAUCUUGGAGCCUCCCUGGCCCCUUUGUGACCAGACUGGACGGGAAACAGUCGGACGUUGCCCAGAGGAGAAAGGAGAUUCCCAGCUGGACGUGGUGCGGCUGGAAGCGGGCCCGGUCGUCGACCCGCCAGAUAGAAUGGAGGGACGUCUGGAGUGAAGGAUACGAAAUCCCCGCGCAGACAGAUAUUGCGGUUGAGUUUGAGAACGGAGAUGCCAUCCAAUGGACUAUGGGUCGGGAUCCAGCACAGCUUCUGGCCAACAGCAAGACCAUGGGUCACGCAAAAUCUCUGCGUAUCCGUGGUUGGCUGUCACAGCUGCUAGUCCCAGCUGCUUGCUGGUAUGUGAGCUAUGACGGAGAAUGCCAGUGCGGGCCGUAUCGUCUUUCAAGGAGAGACGUGCGAUAUCUAAGCACUGUGGCUGAGCGCCGAGGCCUGCCCGUGACUGACCGGGGCUAUGUAUUGCAAGUCUGGUUCUUCUCCGCGCUGCACUUCAACACGGCCGAAGAUAACUGUCGCAGUGAGGUCAUGGUGCUCGUGCCAACCGCUGGCGAGCAUGAGUAUGAAAGAUUAGACGCAUUGUGCAUAGUAAAGAUGGAAUACUUCGUCAAGCGCCCAAAUGUGGAGGACUCGCGAAAUGCUGAGUUUACGGGCAUUACAAUCAUGAGAGGAACACUAGAGGGCAAACUGUUCAAGUCGAGAGACAACCUUUUCAAAAACCCAUUUCUGGAUAUCUUUGGAAAAGCCAAAUCGCAGGACUGA